ACAGUUCUUACACCUCCCGCGACUAUCCAACCGACCGCUACAAAUACCGUUAAUCGAAGGAAAAGAGACACCAGAAAGGCAUCUCGGCCAAACUUCGCUACUUGGCAGCUAGAAAUACUUUUCUCUUGGCUUCGCCGACAUACGAAACACCCAUAUCCUUCGGACACCGACAAACAACAGCUUUGUCGAGAUGUGAAUUUGACUAUGAAACAGCUGAACAACUGGUUCAUCAAU